UUGUCUUCCUUUUCUCAUCCUCAACUUGCGCCACCUCCUUAUUCUCCGAUUCCUCCUCCUUCUUUUUUUUUCUCUUUUCUUAUCCUCCACUUUCUCUUUCUUGUUGGUCACUGCUGCCAUCCGCUACAGAAAAUAAUAUGGCUCUCUUUAAACAAAAAGAAGGAGAAGAAGAAGGAGAGGAACAAGAAGAAGGGUGAGCAGGAAAGGGAGGAGGAGGAGAAAGAGGAAGAGAAGAAGGGGAAUAUGGGGAUGAAACUUUUGUUCAGGCCGGCCGAACAUGCUGUCCACGACAUUGUUUUGCCAGUAUUCUUCUCUUCUCGUUCCCCAUCGCAACUGGCCUUGACGCGAUUUGGCCAUUCCCGCCAAAAUGACCUGCCAUCUUUUCCUUCUUCGGACAACUGGGCCGUGGUGCUCACCUCCUAA